GCGAGGCGUUAUCUUGGACGGCGUUGGCGGCCAGGGUCCAGUCGCCGGCCAGCAAGCGACGGGAGCACACGUCCAAGCACACGUCCAAGCCCGCCAGAACGACAACAACGCCGGCUGGACUCGACCGUAGCGGCUCGCACACACACAGACAGGAUGUCGCGGUUCGCGGUGCUCGCGGUGGUGCUGGUGGCGCUGCAGGGCGCGCUGGCCGCCAACGAGCGCAUGAAGGAGGCGCUGGCCUGGAAGGAGCUGGACUUCAAGUACCCGUCGGCCGCGGCCAGGGAGGCGGCCAUCAAGGCGGGCGAGUUCAUCCCGGAGAACAACAACCCCCUCGGCAUGGAGGUGUGGAACGACAAGGUGUUCGUGACGGUGCCGCGCUGGAAGAACGGCGUGCCGUCCUCCGUCAACUACGUCAAGUACACCGAGGGUGGCGACAAGGCGCCCGCCCUGGUGCCCUACCCCGACCUGGCCACCAACACGCUCAUCACCCCGGACGAGAAGAAGGCCCUGAAGGAGGGCGAGCUGCCUCACAAGAUCGUGUCCGUGUUCAGGGUGCGCGUUGACGCCUGCGACCGCCUCUGGGUCAUGGACUCCGGCCUGGCUGACCUGAAGGGCGACACCCAGGUCCUGGGCCCCGCCAAGCUGCUCGUGUACGACCUCAAGACCGACAAGCUGAUCCGGCAGUACGCCUUCAAGGCGGAGGACCUCAAGGAGGACUCUUUCUUCGCCAACGUGGUGGUGGACACUACAGCCCAGACUUGUGACAACGCCUAUGCCUACGUCCCGGACCUGGGCGGCUACGGCCUGGUGGUGUACUCGUGGAAGGACAACGCGUCGUACCGCAUCAAGCACAACUACUUCUACUUCGACCCUCUGUCCGGCAACUACAACGUGGCCGGCAUCAACUUCCAGUGGACGGACGGCGUGUUCGGCCUCGCCCUGUCACCCAUCAGCAAGGAGGACGGCUACCGCACGUUGUACUUCCACCCCUUGUCCAGCACCCACGAGUUCAAGGUGUCGACACGCGUGCUGCAGAACAAGACUAUCGCCGAGCUGCCCGAAACGUACUACGCCUUCAAGGACCUGGGCUCUCGUGGCCCCAACACCCAGUCCUCUGCCUCCUACCUGGACGAGAGCACCGGUGUCCUCUUCUACACCCAGGUGAACCGUGACGGCCUCGGCUGCUGGAACACCCUCUCCAAGGCGGAGGAGUUCAACCCCGACACGAACGCGCUCGUGGCCUCAGACAACGUGACCAUGAUCUUCCCCAAUGACCUGAAGGUCGACCCGAAGGGCAAUGUCUGGAUGCUGAGCAACCGAAUGCCCAUCUUCCACUACAAGAGUCUCAACCACAAGGAAGUCAACUUCCGCAUUUUCAAGGCCAACACCAAGGAGCUCAUCAAGGGCACGGUGUGUGAUGUUGCCAAGGCGUGAGGCGGGGAACUGCUAGCAGCUGCUGUGAUUGGACUGGACGAAAAUCAAACAGUGAUGUCUUCAAAGCUUUAAAAAAAAGAAAAUCGUUUUAGACUACGUGGGCCGUCUCUUUGGACGUUGUUUUCUGUGCCUAUCGAUAUACUUUUUAAUGAAUAGACUUAGUUUAUUAGUGUGUAAGUUCGUAUUGUUACAGUACGCUUCGAAGGUUGUGAAACAUUUAAUUUUUGUACUGCAUAAAAAAAAUGAAAUCAAAAUAUACUUCCAUCAAUUCAUCCACCUCAAG